AUGGAAGUGAAGUUCGGAGGUGACUCGCUAGCUGGCGAGUGUCUCGAUGGCAUUUAUGCGUCACUUGUCGAGAGACAACAUAAUGCAUUGCCUUCUGUCAUCGUUGUUGGUGGGGGUAUAUCAGGAAUUGCUGCGGCCCACAUGCUUCAAAAUGCAUCUUUUAAGGUGAUCCUGUUGGAGUCCCAAGACAGGAUUGGUGGUCGUAUUCACACUGAUUACUCAUUUGGUUGCCCAGUUGACAUGGGAGCUUCAUGGUUACAUGGUGUCUGCAAUGAGAAUCCGUUGUCUCCCAUUAUACGCCGUUUGGGGCUCACUUUGUAUCGCACAAGUGGCGACGACUCCCUUCUAUAUGACCAUGAUUUGGAAAGUUAUAUUCUAUUCGACAUAAAUGGUCAUCAAGUUCCUCAAAAAAUGGUUAUUGAAGUUGGAGUUGCAUUUAAGAAAAUCCUUGAAGAGACGGAUAAAGUGAGGAAUGAACAGAGCAAUGACAUAUCUGUUAAGGCAGCAAUAUUGAUUGUGCUGGAUAGACAUCCAGAUCUUAGACAAGACGGUCUUGCACAUGAAGUUCUACAGUGGUACAUAUGUAGAAUGGAGGCUUGGUUUGCUGUCGAUGCAGAUAGGAUAUCUCUGAAAGCCUGGGACCAGGAGAAAGUACUUACCGGCGGCCAUGGCCUUAUGGUGCAAGGGUACGAUCCGGUGAUAAAGGCCCUGUCAAGAGAUAUUGAUAUUCGCUUAAAUCACCGGGUUAAAAGAAUUGUCAACGGGUAUAAGAAGGUGGUUGUAACAGUCGAAGAUGGCAUUGAGUUUGUAGCUGAUGCUGCCAUAGUCACUGUCCCCUUGGGGAUUCUAAAAGCCAACUUGAUUGAGUUUGAGCCUAGUCUUCCAGAAUGGAAACAGUCAGCAAUAUCCGAUCUUGGUUUUGGAAAUGAAUAUAAAAUUGCACUGAAAUUCGACCGUGUCUUUUGGCCAAAUGUGGAACUUUUGGGCGUUGUUGCCACCAUUUCUUAUUCCUGUGGCUAUUUUCUUAAUCUCCAGAAGGCUACAGGCCAUCCAGUCCUCGUCUAUAUGGCAGCUGGGGCCCUUGCGUAUGACCUUGGAAAGCUAUCGGACGAGGCUGCUGCUGAUUUCGCAAUGGUACAGCUGAAACGAAUGUUUCCAGAUGCAACCGAGCCUGUUCAGUACAGGCUGUCACGUUGGGGAACGGACGCAAAUAUCUUGGGCUCCUAUUCAUAUGAUGCAGUCGGCAACUCGGAGGACAUAUAUGACGGGCUGCGGGCCCCAGUGGGGAAUCUCUUCUUCGGGGGCGAGGCUGUGAGUGUCGACCAUCAGGGCUCGGUUCACGGCGCCUACUCCGCGGGGAUCCUGGCGGCCGAAAAUUGUCAGAGGCACCUACUGCAGAAGCUCGGGAGUCUCGAGAGGAUCUCGCUUGUCGCCUGUCGGGAGGAAGCCGUCGAAGCAAGCGUUCCUCUUCAGAUCUCGAGACUGUAA